AAGAGUCACUCUACAGUUGCUCUCCGAUCACGAGAUCCAUGCUGAAUGCUGAAUGCUGAUGACCAAUUGUCUUCAAGAAACAGCACUUUGCAUCGUUCACCCGCCGCGGUACAGCAAAAUCCACAAACUUGUCGAGCACAUUUUUUGGACUUGCUGCGUUUGUGGGGCCAAUUGGGUUGCUUGAAUUUGUAAGGCUGGAUUAGGAAAUCGCAAUCAUUUCAGAAUCGUUGCGGUGCGAGGAGUGACUGAUAUAGGCUACGGUUAUUUCCUUCUCAAAGCGGGCUGUGCAACAAUCUUUUUCUUAUGGUGUUCUCUCACAAACUGUAAGUAGUCGUCAUUGUUGUUGUCUGACCGUCUAGAUCGUACUGGAUCCCAUUUUGCUCGGCAAAACAGGCCCGCAUUGCACAGAGCUCGCUCCAGCCCGACCCGACGCUCAAGCCCAGCGAGCUGCAGGCUGUUUACACCGUCGACGACAACGUCCUCACCAUCACGUUCGACGGAGUUUCCGAGAGAGCGAUUAGGGUCGCGGCGAACAACACCAUCGAGAACCUGAAAACGGUGAUUGAGUGUUUGGAAGAGUUUGAAAUUAAGUCUUGUUAAAUUACACCAGUCUCUCUUCAAACCUAAGUUCGUCCAAAGGCUCGAGACCAAUAAGGAUACGCAAGAAGUUGUCCAGGCCCUGUCUCUGCUUGUUGAGCCCGUUGAUGGCCUGGUAGCCCGGCCGAGUAAGCGGAGCCUUGAGCCAGUAGCUCAAGAAACUCAGCACAGAGUACAUGUCGGCAUACUUGUUGUCAGAAACCUUUUUGUAGGUGACUCUGGACAAAAACUCGGUCAUGACCAGCAAAUCGAUGAUUAAAGGUGUGGCUAGCAACGAGUCCUCGCAAACGUUGUGAAUGCUGAUUCUGUUGUGGCCUCCUAACAUUAGCUCGGAAUAGUACUCGUCCAUUGCAACCUUGGAGUCUCCAACUGCAUUCAGGUACUUGAUCACAAUGCAGUGGUCGAUUUUUCUGCCCAGCUUGUCGUUGUACAGAAUCUCGUUCGACGCAAUCACGUCGUCCACCACAGACGCCUUGGAGAUCUCCUUGGACCGGAACUGUCUAGGCGACGAGAGAUUGUAUCCGUCGUUGUUUCCCAGAUGGUUGUAAGAUGCAAUGGAAACUGGCCGAAUUCCCGCAUCGACCAAAAACUGUGCCAGCACAGACUUCAGCUUGGUCUGACCGCUCUUGAAGUCGUCUCCGCCAAUGUAGGUGCAAUUAUUUUCGGCAAGCUCAAUAACUCCAGGAACGAAAGUGUUCUGUGGACUUCCGUUGAUGUAAGGGACGUGCUCCAGGAUACUGGCCACGGCAAACACCGUGCUAGGCGCGAUCUCCUCGUGGUCCUUCUUGAUGGACUCGAGCAGGUUUUCUGCCGUGUCGUUCACACCUGACACCACAUCCGCGUAUCUCUCGGUGUUGGCCGUCCACAGGACGAUGACCUUGUCGAGCUUGUUGGCGGCCUUGAAUUCGCGGAUAUCCUUCCUGAUUUGCUCAACAUGGCUCCACUUGCCGGUGGUGUGAAUCUCACCGUUAACUCUGUUGAAGCAGUUAUUUGCUCUUUCGUCCUGGUUGGCAGCAAUGAAGUCUGGGUAAUAAAUCGACUUCAGCGGCACGAUCUCCUUCAUCUGCUCUUUGAGCUUCUCCUGAAGGUCGUACUCCAAGACCUGUGCCUUUUGCAUGGCGACAGCGAGAUUGUCGCCGUUGAUGUCCCAGCCGCCAACGACAAAAUCGUUAGGGUUCACCAUAGGAAGCAACGAAUUGAAGGGAGCAUACACAUCUUGGCCCUUGGAGUUGAUGCCGAGCUUGAUGGUGGACGACUGAGUGACCGAGCCGUAGUAAUUGGCAGUCUUGAGUCCCUCUUUUGUGUGGAAUUGCAGCUGGUUCCUGUUGGCAAGGAUGGAAGCAACAAACGUGGUUCCGUUGUUUCCUCCUAAGCCAACGAGCAUGACACCCACUUUAGGGACUUUGAGGUCAACCUUGAAGUGGUAUGGCUCUUCAAAAGGCUUGACAGCGAAAGAGCCGUCGGACUGCUUGUCAACUAUGGCGUUUUUGUACACAUAGUUGGUGACGAGCUCGCUUUCGGAGAAUUUGGCUUUGUCUGUCUGCACUUUAACUUUAGGGACAAAUUGGACUGUCAUGAUGAAUUCGAUGGUUGCAUAGGGGGGAAAGCAUGCGUAUUUAUAGCGAGAGCCGCCAGACAUGAGCUGGAGCUGCCCUUGUAGCUGGACAGCACAUCUCGGCGAGUUCGCCGAAAUUCUCACACUGUGAUUGGCCAUCGGCGAAAAACACACUCGCCCAAAAUGGAAAUUUUGGCCGUGGAGCAGCCCCGCGCACCGUGUCCUCUCCCAACAGCAUGUGCGCGCAUAAUACCGGCAGAACCACAAAGAAUGCUCUUCUGCCUCGUUUGAGAUCGAAUUGGGAAGGUGUGCGACAGCUGAUUCGCAGCUAACAACACAUAGCCGUCUCUGAUUGGCGGAGGGACUGCCAGACCUGCUUUUUUGCGCCUUGAUUUAUGCUGCAAAUGAUGCAAAAAGGUAGCUGGAGGUUUUCGGAAUGUGUUGGGCUCGCUCUUGUUCCUAGUUCCGUAGGGGGUUUCACAUGAGCCUCUUUUUGAUAAUUUAUUCUGGCACUCUAACCAUAGACUACAAAUUUCCGACAUGGCUCUGUCACUAGUCGGUAGCAAUUGUGCACAUACAAGCUUGACAGUAGCAUUUCUUGGGAAUCCUCGACAAGUUACCUGUCAGGAUUUGAGCUGCCCCUUCUCUUUGGGCUAGCUCUAUAUUAGAUGGACUCCUCACACCAAUUAAUUUUAUGGAUGACCAGAGUUCACAAAUAACAGUAAGAACGAGCACCUCGACCAUCCAUGCGGUCUCCUUGCAUGGCGAUCCGUCUGCGGGCUCAGCUUCUCUUUCUGCACCGGAAGAAACAGAGUUGGACGACGACGAUGAUGAUGAUGACCCGCUAAAAGUGAAAGAGCUGUCGCUAGCUUUUGACUAUCUGAUGUUCAAAAUACAGGACCAGGCUAGCCAGCUAAGCGAACGGGUAGAGUCACACGUUAUGCGCUCAAAAAUAGAACACGAACACGACAUCCAGGCGAUACAGAAUAAGUUAGUCCAGAUCAAGCAGUUAUUGGGCCAUUGCGACCAGAUAAACCUGGAAAUUGAUAAGCUUGAACAAUUGAACAUGAUAACCAAAGACUUUCACCAGCGUCUCAUAGCGGUGCAGAGCCGAAUGAACGCGCACGCUCGAAAAUUUAAAUAAUGCGGUCGUUACUUUAAUUUACACUAUUUCGCCCAUCAUACAUCUACUGUCUCUUCUUUGUACCGGCCGAUUGCCUUCUUCACAUGUUGCUCCUCCACCAUUUUUUGCUUCAAUUGCUCCAGUCGAGUCUUAAACCUAACGCUGGCAAGAACAGCCAGGGCCACAGCACGGAAAGUCCGCUUGGGUUUUUCCUUGCUGAUUCCGCCCAGUUUCUGAAGACUGGCCACGACGCGCUCUUUACUCUCCAGCUCCCGCGUGAGAAAGUUGGCCACAAAUUUGAGAUCAGAAUUGCAGUCCUUAUACUGUUGCAACUUGAUCUUGAACAGCUGUUUCUGGCUCUCUAGCAAAUUGACACGGGAGUCCAGUGAGUGGUCACGCGAUUUUAGCGAGCGCUGAGGACUGACUGGAGAAAGUGGGUAUUCAGUCUUCUUCAUUUGCUUGCUCAGAAGCACUUCUUGCGCGGCCUUGGAGCGCUCGAGCUUGGCACGCACCUCGUCUAGCUCUCGGGAAAGAGAAUUCUUUUCUUUGCGAAGCGCGUCGUAUCUGUUCAGUAAGUCGUUCUUCAUUUCGUUGUAGUCAUCCACAAGCUUCUUGAUCUCCAUAUCCUUGAGUUCUAGCUCUUUUCGCGAGCCCCGAGAGUUCAAUUUAUAUUUCAAGUCCUCGAGUUCGGUGGUGAGUUUCAGGUUUUCUUCGCUGACGCGCUGUUGAUCACUAUCAAGCGAGGAGAUCGACUCCACAAGCUGUUUCCGCUCCUCAAGAGCAUCAUCCAGCUUCCAAUUCAACUCAGCUAGCUCUUUCGUCUUCAUUGAAAGCUCGGUUUUCAAAGCAUCGCACUCCCUGCGUAAUUCCCUGAUCUCCAAGCUAUCUGACUUCUCCAAAUCAUCCCUUGCCUUUAUCGACUCAAGCUGUCGUCUUAGACGAUUGUUUUCACGCAAACAAUCACUAUACUUCUCCUCGAG